AUGGAAAAACUAAGAAAUAGAAAAAGCAGAGCAGGAUGGCAGAAUAAAUCAGAAGCUGUUAACCCGUAUGCGAAUGCGAACUUAAAUCUCGAUAGAGUUGAAACAAAUCGAACUUACACGAAUUACAAUAAUCAACACCAACAGAACCAAUUGAAUCCAAAUCAUAUAUACUCCAAUAAUGCUCACAAUAAUAGUAACAACAAUCUACUAAGAGUUCCAACUUCCGAUCCCUCGAGACAUAAUAGAAGAUAUAGUAUUCACCAAGCAGCUCAACAACAACAUAGGAAAUAUUCAGCUGGUGAACAUCAAAAAUUUGAUGCAACUGGUGCUCCACCUUUACCCCGAUUAGAAUCAAACAAACCGACGACGAUUGAGCAGAAAAUAAUUAAUGAAUUGGGGCAAGGAUCAGCUGCAGAAGUAGAUGAUUAUUACAAAUCUUUAGUCAAGCAGAAACAGUUAAUUGAUAGAGAUAUAAAACAGAAUAUAAACCAGAAUCAAAAAAAUAUCCUAGAAUUGACGAAUGAUUUGAAAGACACUCAAGAUGAAUUAGAUAGUAUGAGAGCAACUACCAAAGAUCUUUUUGAACUUUUUGACGAAGUUAAAGAUAUUGCUGAAAGAAGACUAAGUCUGGAAUAUGAUGCACCACAACAACAAUAUCAGCAACAACAGCAACAACAGUCAAAUCAAAAUCGACAACAAAAUAAUAAAGAUAGAUCGUCCGUUUUAGUUCUAGAAAAAAUGUGGGCAAAAGAGUUACAAUCACUUUUCAAACAUGUUGAUGGAGCUUCCAAAUUCAUUCAACCUAUACCCGGGAGACACGUAUUAGCAGAAAGUGGACGAUGGCAUGAAGUUAAUCCAGGAACAUGGAAGCCUAAGAAUGCUGGCCAUUUGUUUGUGCUAAAUGACAUGCUCCUAAUUGCGUCAAAGAGACUUGUUGAUUCAACAGGUGGGAAAUCAAAUAGAUUACAUGCCAUUCAAUGUUUUCCAUUAACUCAAGUAAGUUUGAAUCAAAUCAAACCACCAAAAGAUGAUACACUUUAUUUCAUUAAUAUCAAGACAAAAUCUUUAAAUUAUGUUUAUCUGACUGAUAGAUAUGAUCAUUUAAUUAAAGUUACAGAAGCAUUUAAUAAGGGUAAAAAUGAAAUGAUGCAUAAUCAAAGACUUAUAAAUGAUUCAGGAUCAAAUGAGCAUUCAAAUGAAACAAAAGAUGAGAAAAGACAAUUAAGAGAAAGUAUUAGAAAUUCUGGUUCACACGAAGAUGAGAAACGUGUCAGUGGAAGCGGAGCUGGUGGUCAUAAAAGAAGUUCAAGUGAAUUUUUAUUGCAUGACAUUAGUGCUAAAGUCCAUUCUAGAAAUAAAUCACAUGAUUUUGGUAAAAAUGUGUCAGUAAAUGGUAAGUCACAAUUUUUUAACGAAAUAAAACAAUUAGAAGACAAACUUGACGAAGUUGAUAUUAAUAUAUCACAUAAUGAGAUAUCAGACGCGGUAAAUUUAUUAAUUCAUAUUGAACAGAAACUCAACAAAAUUGAAAAAUAUAUUAAACAUUUAGACCUGGAUGAGACUUUAUUACUUGAUGUUUCUAAACUAAAAAUAUUCAACAGGAAAGAAGAAAUAAUCAAAAAUUUACUAUUUGAUUUACAAAAUAAUAUUUUUAAAUUAAAGUUAGAUGAAAUAGAAUUGAUUUUGAUUUUGUUUGAAAAAUUGGAUCAAUUGGAAACAGGUAUUCAAUCAUACCUUGAAUCAACAUCUUUAUAUUUAUCGAAAACAAUAUCAAAAUUAAUAGUUGGAUUACAAGGUAGCACAAAGGUAGAUGUCAUUAAUUAUUUAUCUAAUUUAAUGGUUAUUAAUGUCUCGAUCGUUAAAAGGACAAUACUCGCAUACACAACAAAGAUAGAAAAGAUUUUGAAACAAAGUAAUAUAAGUCACAUUGAUUCGUCAGGAUUAAUCGAUUGGUGCACAGAAGAAUUUCAAAAAUUGUUCAAACAAGUUAGGAAACAUUUAUAUGGCACUUUAUUAAUUUUUAAUGGUUCAGAGUAUCAAAUUAAAGACGAAAUGCUAUACGAUGAAUUUAAAAGAAUGUUAAAUUUACAAUUGGAAGAAUUGAAAUCAAUCGGAUUGAACGUCGAUUAUAUCUUUGCACCAAUAAUAAACUUAAAAUAA